AUGAAUCCUCAUAGAGGAGCUGUAGCAAAUUCAUAUCCUCAACGGCCAAUAGACCCUCCUUUACAAACCGUUGAUCUUGGAGUGCUUGAGAAUGGUGGACUGCAGAGCACUUGGAGCCCGGAGAGAGAAGAAGAGGACAAAUAUGCACCUUGGCAAGUGCCUUCUCUCCCAUACGAGUAUUCAGAAUCGGCGAGGAGUAGAUUUUCAAAUUCCACGACAACUUCAAUUCGAAAGACUACCAUAUGGCAAAGAAUUCGUGGCUGCAAUGUGGGUUGGUUGAGCAGCUUUGAAGCUAUCAUAUUCUCUUCUUGGGUCAACAUCUUUAUCCUCGUCGUUCCCGUGCUCUGGAUCCUGCAUUUCUUGGACAUGAUAUCUCAUGUUACUUCCUUUUUUCUGUCUUUCCUUUCAUUAAUUCCUAUCAUCAAACUGCUUGACUUCGGCGCUGAGAACUUGGCAUUGUAUUGUGGUCCAGAUAUUGGGGACUUGAUUCUCAUAAGCUUAAACAAUGCGGUGGAAGCCAUUCUGGCUCUGUGGCUCCUGGCUAAUUGGGAAUUGCGGCUUUUGCAAUCCUCCAUCAUCGGUGUGGCCGUACUUCGAUUGCUUUUGAUACCCGGAGUUUCAUUCAUCGUCGGUGGAGCUCGCGUCGCUUCACAAGAGCUUCAUCCUCACAUAACUGGGCUUAAUCACUCUCUCCUUACUAUGGGUGUUCUUGCGUUUCUCCUGCCGAUAGCGUUCUUUACUGCCUUAGACAGAGGCAUCUUCACAGAUGAUAUGUCUGCCACGGUGGGCAUUGACACAGGAGUUGUUAGCGAUUACAUGCGCGGCGAAUUCCUCAAGAUCAGCCGUGGCAUGGCAAUUAUUCUCCUGGCAGUAUAUGUUUGCUCGCGCGUUUUCCUACAUAAUCCACCUGCCGGCGGAGGCUCGUUGCAUGAACGUAGCGAUGCUCCGGAAGAGUUGAAAAGGCUCGCACACGAGCUGGAGGAAGAGGUUCCCACUGCCAACUUCACAUUAUCUGUAAUAGUUUCGUUAUUCUCUGUGACUUUAAUGGCCAUCACUGCAGAGAUUCUUGUGGAGAGUAUAGAGCCCAUGAGACGAAAGUUCAGCUACUCGGAGGAAUGGUUCGGUCUUGUCCUCCUCCCAUUGGUAUCAUUUUCCGCUGACGCGGUGGUCUCUAUUGUCAAUUUUAUCCGAAACACAUUCUUUGGCCAUCAUGUCCCUCAUACCAUGGCGAGCUCUCGUCACGUCGACGAUGCCAUCCAAUUCAUCAUGUUUUGGGCGCCCGUUCUCGUUCUACUAGGAUGGAUCCUUGAUCGACCUAUGUCGUUGCUUUUUGAUCUUUUCGAAGUCGCCAUUCUUAUUGGUUCAUGCUUUCUGCUCAACUAUGUCACUGAGGAUUCGAAGACGAAUUGGGCUGAAGGCGUCAUGUUGGUUGCGUUAUAUAUCAUGAUCGCACUCUCUGCAUGGUUCUAUCCGCAACAGCCUGAAAUCGGGAUAAUGCUUUCAAGAACAAGCAUAGCAGAAGUUUACAAGGAGUCUACUUUCGGCGGAAAUGCCCAUAACAUCGGAUCGUCGCCAUUGUCCUCAGUAGCAUCCCCAUCUGUCUCUACGUUAUAUGACACUGCGACCGCAACUGUCACGACUACCAUGAGUAACUCACAGGUUACCGCCGCAGCUGCAUCUCCAAUUCCCACAAGUGGUCUUUCCGAGGAACUUCAGAGGCUUGUGAAGCUCUAUGGAGUCUUGGUCGAUGAAAAUAAGAAGUUGCAGGGGGACAUCGAGAACGCAUUGAGUAGUGUAUCCAAUCCAAGCAGGACAUCUGUGGCAACACUACCGAAGGAAACAACGAAGAGUACUAGACAACGUAGAUCACGAUACGUGAAAGACGGUUAA